UUAGCUUUUAAGGAGGACUGCGCAUGCGUGUAACCUCUACGACUUGCCGUAGAAAGCGAAGGUAUUUGCGACGGAAGAUGUCAUACGUGAAACUGGUGUCGCUGUUUGCCGCAGCUCCUGGACUGCUGCCGAGUGCUGCCGCUUGCGAGGCUCCAAAGAAAAACGCGCAGCCGGCCAUGAGUAUCGACGAGCUGCCAUCUCUGUACAGCAGAGCCGAGGAGGAGCAGCCCCGGGUGGAUCCAUUGGCGGCAGCGGGACAGUUGGAACAGAGCGUGGCAUCACUGAGGAAAUUGGCAGAACCAUACACAAAUCAAUGUCAGAAAGCAGGAAGGGCAGCGGCGGACAAAGUUGAGGAUGUGUACAGAAGGGUGGAGCCUGCUGUCGCCGCAUCCACCACCGCAGUCACAGCUGUGUACCAAUUUUUCAACGAUCCACCCCCUGAUCUGUACCCCAGCAUGGCAGUGGUGGGCUUCUCUGGCUUGCUGGGACUUUACUUGGCCAAAGGUUCGAAGGUGAAGCGUGUGGCGUUUCCGCUGGGCCUCAUGGCGCUCAGCGCAUCCAUGUUCUACCCUCAGCAGGCCGCUUCGCUUUUCAAGGUGAGUCGCGACUCGGCGUGGGUGUGGGUUAAGCAAGGUCGCGUCGCCAUGGAAACACUAUGGAAAGAGCCGCCAUUUAGCAAACACAAGAAAAACUUGUUUGUCAAGCCUGACAAGACUGAGCGGGGGGAGAGCGGCGGCACAUCCAGCUGAAGUUGAACAAGCCAUGCACACACAAAAUCACCAUUUAAAUUAAUUUAUCUUUAUUGUGCACAGGUAUGUGUUGAAUGCUCACUAUGCCCAUUUAUGUUGGACUAACUUGUUAAAGUCUGUUGGAAUACAAUCAAAAUCUUGGAGCAAACUUUUGA